GAGAAUCAUGGAAUCAGCAAAUUUCCCUUCCAGCGACUCUUACAUGCUGUCGGCGCGAGGUGACCCGCCCAUCUUGGGGGUGAUGCCGGAGAUAUCGACUUAUAUCUUUUCUUGGGUCCGCAUCGCGAACGAGCGAGUUCGCUGCUAUGACACCCCCUGGAUUCUUUCUUAAGUCUGUCAAAGAUGGAGAGACAUCGCACUAUCAUAUCCUGAAUUGUGGUCUUGGGUUCUAAUCCAAGAACCACGGACUUUCAACUUUUCAGGUCGCGCUCGUCAGCUGGAAGUAUCUCUUCUUCGAUCCCAAUCCUACCCUCUCCGGAUCCAGUACAACGAAAGUGGUGAUCCGAAUGCGCAUCUAUGGGCUAUGCUCUUGGACCAUUGCGAUCACUGGCGCACCAUCGAAAUCUAUCUUUCCACAACGGACUUCACUCGUCGUCUGCCCAAGCCACAGAGACACACUCUCCCUUUGCUGGAGCGAUUCCGCCUUUCCCGGUCCUUCGAUAGCCACGUUGUCACCGUGUUUGAACUCGAUGAGAGCAUCCUGGACAUACUUGCUACAGCUCCCCGUCUGCACGAUAUCUAUGUGCUCGGCUUUCGAUCCCCGUCCUCCCUGAAUCUCCCUUGGUCCCAACUGAUCAAAAUUGAUCUCAUGUGCGGAUCCCCUCAAAAUGACAUCAGUAUUUUACGCAAGGCCCACAACUUGCAGCGGCUAUUUCUCAAAGAUCAUAUGUACAAUCUCAGCCUAUUUGACCCCAUCGUUCAUACGUCGUUGCGCGAACUGAGUGCACCUCAAGUCUACGCAUUGCCAUGUUUCACCUUCUCUGCGCUCAAGGUAUUAUUCACCCUGAUCGCCGUAGGCAGCACUCCAUCGCCUACCCCGAUUAUCCACGAGUUCAUUGUACGCUCGCAGUGCACUUUACAGAAUCUGCAUUUGAACGGCAUUGAUAUGGACCAGCCUCUCAUCAAUCUGCUAAAGGAUACGCCCACGGUUGAGGUCUUGCGUCUCGAUUUUGGGCAUCUCACACUGAACGCAUUUGAAGCCUUCAGCAAAUCGCUCGCGUAUCCAGAGGCGGAUAAGCCCAUCUCCCACGCGCUGCUGCCUCAUCUGGUGCAUCUGCAUCUGGAUAUAGGCUUUGACCUACCUAUGACCCAUGCAUUCAUAGCGAUGGUGCGGUCAAGAUGGUAUGUCGACCAGGAGCGUGCCGCACGACUACGCAAAAUAUUUUGCGCGUUCUUCACUGAGACGUCUUCUGAUGGUGUCGAAUUGUUUACACAAAUGGCUGGGGAAGGAUUAAAGCUCUAUAUUCCCAUGUGCGGGAGUGCUGUAGUCGGGGAUUCAAAUGAUCCUUACGAUUCUGAAGUCUAAGGUUGCUUUCUCUGGCCAUCACUAGAUGUUUCUUCACCUUGACGGGUUUGUCUCUUACUAGUCGAUUAUGUUGAUAUUUUGAUUUCUUGCUAUUUACUGAAUACUCAGAAAGCCACAUUUGGGGAUGUCGAUGUCGCCUCUAAAACAUGACAAGCUUUACUCAAUGAGGCUGCAAGGUGCAAACAAAUAAGGCCUUUUAUUUAUUAUAGUUAGUUCCUAUUUCCGAGCAAGUUAUCUAGUGUAGUCAUAGAGAUGAUAGCUGAUAAUAGCAG